GGCUCUGCCGAGUUCAAACUCCCGAAUGAACCCGCGACGACCUCGCGUUUGACGUCACGGCGCGGAAAAAUCAAUCGCUAUUAUUUUGCAGCGAAAAAUCGGCGGGCCCGAGGGCCCAAACGCAUCCGGAAGAAAUCGACGUUUUCCGAAAAAAUCGCCGCUUUGUGCGAGGUUCUAUUCGAUAAUGGACACGUUUAGCGGUCGCUGGUCGCAAAUUAGCGUCGAUUUGAUCAAAUCGUGGUGUCAGAGUGACGACGUCAGAGAGUCAGUUCGCCGGAGUCCGUCGUGGAGGCGGGACAGUCAUCGUGCAGUGCAGUGCGUCGGCAAGUUUUACGUAUAAAUGCUCUUCGGUCACGACGUUUUUUCGCCAAACUGAUGAAUGGGGCCGUGGUGUGAUGGCCAUCGUCGCCGCAGCGUUCGCCGGGGAUGGAUAAUGAACAACCCCACCAGGAACUCGUCAAGUGCGUGGUGGUUGGCGACACGGCCGUCGGCAAGACCCGUCUGAUAUGCGCCCGUGCAUGCAACAAACAAGUCUCUUUAGCUCAACUACUCGCAACUCACGUCCCCACAGUAUGGGCAAUCGACCAGUACCGCAUCUACAAGGACGUCCUCGAGCGUUCCUGGGAAGUGGUCGACAGCGUCAACGUUUCUCUACGUCUCUGGGACACGUUCGGCGACCACGAGAAGGAUCGCCGCUUCGCCUACGGCCGCUCCGACGUCGUCCUCCUUUGCUUCAGCAUCAACAACCCCGUUUCGCUGCGCAACUGCCGCCUCAUGUGGUUCCCCGAGAUCCGGCGAUUCUGUCCGAGCACGCCGGUGCUCCUCGUCGGAUGCAAGAACGACCUCCGGUACAUGUACCGCGACGAGGCCUAUCUGAGCUACUUCCGCGACCGCAGCCCCUUCGUCAGGGCCACGCGAAAGAGCGAUCUCGUUAUGCCAGACGAGGCGAGAGACGUCGCCAGAGAACUGGGGCUAUUCUACUACGAAACAUCGGUACUUACCUACUACGGAGUUAACGAAGUGUUCGAAAACGCCAUCCGGGCGGCCCUCAUCGCGCGCCGCCAGCAGCGCUUCUGGAUGACCAACCUGAAGAAGGUGCAGCGGCCGCUCCUCCAGGCCCCAUUCAAGCCGCCCCCGCCGAUGAAGCCCGACGUGCACGUGGUGGUCGGCUCCUACGGUGAGCACAUGCACCAGCUGUACUUGAACCGCGCGCACACCGAUAUCGUGCUCGUCGUGGGCUCGGUGGGCUUCCCCGCGCACCGCUUCGUGCUCGCCGCCUGCAGCCGCGCCUUCUACCGGCUGCUCGCCGCCGACCUCAUCGCGCGCAGCACCAGCGACUCCAGCAUGGUGAGUUCGCUGGGCGACUUCGCCGACGAGACCGAGUGUCUGGUGCGCGCCGAGCAGAAGACGUGCAAGCGACGAGCAAGCUGCCAAGCGCUGCCCUCGGCUCGCGAGCUCGACCACCCCGCCUUCCACUGCAUCAGGAGCGUGCAGCCCGAGGGCCAGACGGUGGUCACGCUCAGCAAGCUUGUGACGCCCGGCGCGAUGAGGCAGUGUCUGCAGUUCGCCUACACAGGCACCAUCGACCGCAGCGCCCUCAACCUGCAGGAGACGAGGGAGGCUGCGGAGUUUCUCGAGUUACCGCAAUUGCUGGUCUUGCUGACCAAACAUCCGUUCGUGGGGCCCGAUCAUCCGGACGAGACCUAUGAGAAUUUUCUCAAGAGGCGCUUGCAGGAUAUUUGUCUAGAUCAGGGACUUUUCGCCGAUGUUAUCUUCGAGCUAGACGAUGGGGCGUGCGCGGCCCAUAAAGCAAUGCUUACGGCGAGGUGUGACGUCAUGAAAGCUAUGUUUAGCGGGGACUUCCGGGAAAGUCAGGCCAAAGUCAUCGAGUUCCCCGGAGUCCGCGAAUACACCUUCCACAAAUUACUGUGUUACUUAUACACCGACGAAAUCCCAGCAGUGUCGGCGGUCCGCUGCGUCAAUUUACUUGAGUUAGCUAAUCGUCUUUGCUUGCCGCGUCUCGUCAAUUUAGUCGAAAAGCGGGUCAUCGAGGACUUGGAGUGUUUGCAGCCGUCUGAAGCCAUCGAGCAUUGUUUGCGGCUAUUAGAACCCGUCAAGUUGCACAACGGCCACCAAUUGGCCGACUGGUGCAUGAACCAUCUCUGCGUCAACUACAACAAGUUGUGCCGGAUGUCGCCCCGCAGCCUCCGUCUGUUGCAUCCCGAUAACCAGGCGUACCUCGUGGAACACCGCUGGCCCCCCGUUUGGUACUUGAAGGAUUACGAUUAUUAUCAAAAGUGUCUGGCCGAACGCGACAAAGAACUGAAGCCCACAAUCAAAACAAGUUCGGGCUGUUUAUGCUUCUCUCGGAAAUCAGAGUCUGACCCGGCCCUGUCCUCGAGCCAACUCUGACCGGGACUACUGUGACUGUUCAAAUGCAUUUAACUCAUUUCACCUUUCACACUUCUCUCAUAAUUGUCUUGACAUAUUCGUAGAUUAAGUGCAAGCGGCCACGAUGUACAGAGUAUCGACUAAAUCGCCGAGAUACUCUGUACACUUGCACAUUUUAGAUUUCGUAUAAGUACAUCCUGAAAGGUUAGACCGACCUGACUGCUUUCGAGUGUCCCACAGAAGUGCACUAGGUGGCUUUAGCGAGAAAAUAUCGACGAAACACUUAUUUUUCUACAUCAAGUAGACGCGUCAAUUUUAGUUUUAGGUGAUGGUAGUGACAAGGUCGGUUUAGUCUUCCCAACUCCCAUAUUAAGAAUUUUUCUACUCAUGUGCGAAUAUUAAAGAUCAGUGUCUCACUGUCUUUUUAUUUAUUCGUUUUAGGACCAACUUUUUGACGACAAGUUAGGCGCUCCUCGAUUUUUUAUUAAGCAAACUUGUCAUCUUAUGUGUUCGUUUAUUAUUUUUUAAAUUAGUGUGGACUAUACAAAGUAUACUGUGUUAUGUUAGGUGUAGUUUUUAGUUCACUGUAUAAAGAGCACCAUCUCGGAAAAAUGAAAGUCAGUAUAGCCUACAUUAAAGUUUGCUUUCGGCUCGAACUCUAGGUGACACCAACUGAUUUUACCGUAAAAUUUAUAUUCCACAAAUUGACGCUUUUCCAAGUCUAAGCACCAAUUCAGAAAAAUAUGCACCCAUUCACCUAUUAUAUAAACCUUCAAUUGAAUCCUAGUGGAAUAUGAAUUUUAUUAAAAAACUAGGUUUUUCUUGAUUAUUUUUAAUUUUUUCGUUAAGGCAAACUAUAGGGAGAUGUCUAUGAUUUUCCUUAUAAAAACAUCUACCUACUCAACAAUCAUGUAUGUGUGCAAUAAUUUGCUAUUCUAAUAAAUAUUUGUAUUAAA